UCUGUCGAGCUGGCCGGGCGUGCCCGGAGCUGCCCUCCUGCGCCGAGAGCGACCCGACACGGCCGUGAUGCCAGCUGGGCCAGAGCCCCGCCGCCUCGGGGACGCGGCAACUUGGUGAGGGGCACAGGGUUGUGGACCAGACUGCCCCGGAGCUGGCCGCUCCCGCCGAAGGGCUCUCGGAGUGUUGGUCUCGGCCCAGAGGCUAGAACAACCUCAGGCCGGCGGAUGGGACCAGUGGCAUCGCCGUGGGACAGGUAGAGUGAGUCUGAGGCCAGUGGAUGAACAGAGAGAAGCUGAGAAAUCCCCCAAAAGGAUGCGUGAGAGCGCCGCAUGGAACUGGAGCACAGGCGGCUGGCUGCUGGCACUUCACCUCGCCUGGCUGUGCACCCUCCUGGCCUCGGCUUCCUUGCAGUCUCUUACUCCCCCAGUCCCGGGGAAGCAGGGCACCUGCGAGGUGACAGCUUCUCAUCGCUGCUGCAACCGGAACCGCAUUGAGGAGCGCUCCCAGACUGUGAAGUGCUCCUGCUCCUCCGGCCAGGUGGCUGGCACCACCCGGGCAAAGCCCUCCUGCGUGGACGCCUCCAUCGUCCUGCAGAGGUGGUGGUGCCAGAUGGAGCCCUGCCUUCCCGGGGAGGAGUGCAAAGUGCUCCCGGACCUGUCGGGGUGGAGCUGCAGCAGUGGACACAGAGUCAAAACCACCAAGGGGCAUUUCGGUGAAGCUGCUGAGCGGGUGUGGACACAUCUCCGGCCACCUACCCAGCGUCGUGCUGGGCCCUCCCUGCAGACACAGAUGAAAGUCCAGAUACAAGGCCUGCCUUCAAGGGACGACCGGUCAAGUUGGAGAGUUGACGGAUGACAAUCUAGAUAAUUUAGACUAAAGCGUGUGGUACCAGACUGUGGCUUCUGGGUCACGGCCUGUGGGCAUGUGUGGGUUUGGGGAUGAAAUUCCCACAGCUCUUCAACCACCCCCGGCCACAGGGCACAGAGGCAAGAGGUCGCAUUCACCACCCACCACUCCCCUCCUUCACGUAAGUCCAAAUCCCCAGCAAGCCACUAACACGCUGAAGGAAGACCCUCGCCCCGGUGCCAGACGGGCUGCACAUCCCUUGGCUCGACUUGGGGAAGGAAGGCGGAGAUGGAGCCAAACUCGCCAGUGAAGCUUCUGCAGAGGCGUCCCCUGGUUUUUGGGCUGUUCAUUGGGUAGAGGAUGGACAGGACCUCCACGUGGCCGCCAUCUAAACACCUUGAGUUUUCAUUUGCUUAUUUGAACAGAGGAAGACAAGUCCCAGAGCGGGGAGGAGGCUCACCCAAGGCCUCACAGCUUGGACUGCCCUCUCUCUAAGACUGCUGACCUUCCCACUUAGCCUGGAAGUGGGAAUUUAACCCCGGCCUUCCUCGUUGCUUUUGUCUCAAGAACAGGAACCUUCAAAGAACCGGCUGCACAGCUGCAAUUUUUUUUCACGGGGGAGCCCAGGGCAGGAACUUUCACCGAGGUCCCUGCUCUCCUAUCUGAAGUAAAACUGAAUUCCUGCACACCGGGAUGUGGGGCCCCUGGAUCUCCACUGUGCCCUCAGCUCCAGACAUUGCAGACAGGGCCCGUGACAGCCCAGAGGUCACUCAGCCAGGAUACUCUGACAGCCAGGAUACUCUGAGCUGGCAGCCUCACUGCCCACUCUGACCCAUCCCUUCCAGAAUCCUUUGGCUUCUGGAAGCCAAACUCUCGGAGGCUCUGGCUCUAACAGAGGGUCUGGGUAGGGUCCAGGCUGGUCAGCCCUUCAAAGGUCCUGCUGGGCUGGAUGGAACAGGCUCUGUCCAGGGCUGAGGGUUGGCUUGGUCAGGCUGCCACACAGGCUCCAGGGACCAGAGACAUGGGCUGCUCGAGUAUCCCACCAGUAAGAGAACUGAAGCCUCGGCGACAGCUGGGAUCAGCUGGGAUGGCCUGGACUGCCGGGCAGGGCGGGGAUGUGAGGGAGGGGCGUCAGGGAGACCAGCCUGGACUGUGCUGAAUUCUGACCCUCAGACCGAGGGCUGGGGCUGAGCCUCUCUCUCUCCCCUCCCCGUCCCACCCCUACAG